AUGCAAAUCACCAACCUCCUCACCAUCCUGUCUGCAGUGGCAAUGACCAUUGCCAGCCCUGUCUCUGAUCCAUCCAAGCACGAUGUCGCUGCAGACGGCUUCGACUUCGAACAGGUUUCUGAGAACACCUCUAAUCUCAUGGAGCGCCAAAACCGGUACUGCUACCAGGGUGGUGUCAAGUUUGGUGACAAUACGGACUGGGCCAUUGAUCGUGCCGGUCGCUGGUGCUCCGGUAGCGGAGGAGCUGGGAAUUACCGUCAGGGUCAGAUAAAGAAGGGCUGCUACAACUACUGGCAGUCUAACAAGAACUACCACUUCAUUUUCGAGAUGCAGAAUACUCAGCCCAAGGACUAUACGCUGUCAUCCGAGGAAUGUCAGAUUUGGCUGCAGCAUAUGAUUGAGAAUUGCCGACAGGGAGGCACGAACCACAACAGCAGAUUCAAGUGGCGUGUUGACCCCGAAGACGGACGAUGCUCUUGA